AUGCAAUACCUUAGAAAUAUAGAAAAGAGGCUCGACACCUUGGCAGUGGACAAGAACAACUUGUGGGCCGAUGGCAGGGCCGUCUUGAACUGGAAGGACGAGCGGCCCAUUGUGAACGAAGGGCCGGAAUCGACCGCAUUACGUGCCUAUGUACGCAACGUUGAGAACUUCUACAGCACUAGCGUUGUUAAAAAGGCUGAAGAGAAGCGCAAAUCAAUAUUACAGACCCUCAACUUCGACCAGCUUCAUGAACGCGAGCUCGCAAUUCCCGAGGCGCACCGAAGAACGUUUCAAUGGAUCUUCAGCUCCAAUAUGGACCAAGGGCGGAGUUUUCUGGAGUGGCUGCGUACCCAGAACGGCGUCUUCUGGAUCAAUGGAAAGGCUGGUUCUGGGAAAUCAACCUUGAUGAAGUUCAUCACCGAGCAUAGGAUCACCAACAACUGUUUGGAGGAGUGGGCGGAUCCUUUCGCCUACAAGCUUGCUAUCGCGAAGCAUUAUUUCUGGAGUCCCGGAGUCACGAUCCAAAAAUCCCAGGAGGGUUUGCUCCGCUCUUUGCUUCUCCAGAUCCUCAACCAGCAUCCAUACCUUAUCGAGUCUGUCUGCGAGGACCGCUGGUCUGCUGACUAUACCGAAAGUUUCACUCCUUGGACUUGGGCUCGUCUUUCAAAGGCUAUGAUGGCUUUGGCCCAACCAAAAAAGCACGGUCAAGCUGCCAAACCAGGCAGGAUUCUCAGAAUCUGCCUCUUCAUCGACGGACUGGAUGAAUACGAGGGUGACCACACUGAUCUGAUAGAAUUUCUAUUCCGCCUAUCCAGAUCACCUAACGUCAAAAUCUGCACAUCCAGCCGGGCUUGGAUAGAGUUCGCGGAUGCAUUCGACAGCAGCCAAUGGAAGAUGUGUAUGCACGAACUGACGAGCCCUGACAUCCGUCAAUUUGUCCAAGACAGCUUGGAGGGACAUGCAAGAUUCAAGAGGUUACAGAUCAGAUCUAGAGAUGCAGCGUCCGACUUGAUAAGGAGGAUCAUCAGCAGAUCCGAAGGAGUCUUUCUCUGGGUGUACUUGGUCGUUCGCUCUCUGCUACGAGGCCUUCGAAAUGAGGACAAUCUCUCGACAUUACGACAAAGAGUAGAUGCUCUCCCUUCGGAUCUUGAGAAGUUUUUCGAACGGAUCCUCAGCUCAGUGGAGGACAUUUAUCGGGAGCGAGCAGCACGACUCUUCCUUACGCUAUCCUACGCGAGGAGAUCGUUUCCCGUAUUCACAUUUCUCUUCUUCAACUUCGACCAACAACCUGUUGAAGCCCAGGCACAGGAGCUGGCAUUUCUCGGCGACUGGCCGCGUGUGGACUCGGCGCCUCUAGAUACCCUGUUGACAAAGAAACGGCAGCUGAUCGCUCAGUGCAAGGACAUGAUCCACAUCGCACCAGAUUCUCAUGCGCCAGUGCUGUUUGGCGAGAGGGUAUCAUUUUUGCAUAGGACCAUUGUCGACUAUAUCCAUACGGAGCAAACCUCGGCAUACUUGCACCAGCUUGCCGGCGAUUUUGACCCCAGAACCCUUCUUUUCGACGCAUAUCUCGGCCAGAGCAGAGCGCUG